AUGGAAUAUUUAUCAGCUUGCUUAAGCCCAUCAGGGAAGCUGGUUCAGAUAGAACAUGCCCUAACAGCUGUUGGAUCAGGCCAAACAUCAUUGGGAAUCAAAGCUUCAAACGGAGUUGUCAUUGCAACAGAAAAGAAACUUCCCUCUAUUCUGGUUGAUGAAGCGUCGGUUCAAAAGAUUCAGCAUUUGACUCCUAACAUUGGAGUUGUAUACAGUGGUAUGGGCCCCGACUUCCGUGUUCUUGUGCGAAAGAGUAGGAAGCAGGCUGAGCAGUAUCUCCGAUUGUACAAAGAACCCAUUCCCGUUACCCAGCUUGUAAGGGAGACUGCUACGGUGAUGCAAGAGUUCACUCAAUCGGGUGGGGUUAGGCCGUUUGGGGUUUCUCUACUAGUGGCUGGGUAUGAUGACAAGGGACCACAACUAUAUCAGGUGGAUCCCUCUGGCUCUUAUUUCUCAUGGAAAGCUUCGGCAAUGGGAAAGAAUGUUUCGAAUGCAAAGACGUUUCUUGAGAAGAGGUACACAGAAGACAUGGAACUUGAUGACGCCAUUCACACUGCGAUAUUGACAUUGAAGGAAGGCAUUCUUACAAAGCCUAACACAUCCCUUUGCGUAUUUCACAGUUUCGAGGGUGAAAUCUCAAGCAAAAACAUUGAGAUUGGCAAAAUUGGUGCUGACAAAGUGUUUAGGGUGCUCACACCGGCAGAAAUCGACGACUACUUGGCUGAAGUCGAGUAA